UAAACAAAAAGUGGCUCGCCACAGAGCGCGGGUUAAUGCGGAUCCUGCUGCAAGGGCAAAUUACCUGGCUAAAAGAGGGCAAAGCUAUCAAAGGAGAAAGAGACAAGGAAAGAUCACAAACAUCCCAGUCGCAGAUCUGUCCAGGGAAAAACAGGUGCAGAUGAGGAAAAAGUGGAAGCAGUAUCAGAGGCAGUACAGAGAGAAGAAAAGGGUGCUUGCUGAAGUUUUGAACCUUACUCCUCCCUCACUGAAUUCAAUAGAAGAUGACCAGCUUAUUGGCCCUCCAGAGCCCAUAGUGGUUGUUGCUGAUCAUGACUAUGUGCAGCCAAGUUUAGAGAGACCACAGGCAUCCUCAACUCCUGUGAGGGCAGUGCAGAAAAGUACCAGCAAACAUAGAGCAGUGCUGAAGGAAAGGGAAAAGCUAAGGUUUGAGCUCAUCAAAAUAAAGAAGGAACUUAAGAGUGAAAGAAUGAAGGCAAAAAAGCUGCAGCGGAAAGUUGAUAAGCUCAAAGUGAAUAAAGGAAAGGAAGUAAGUGUGAGAAACACGAAGAGAGACAAAAAGAAAAUUGCAGAGGAGAAAAAGGAGAGGGUUGUCGGCUUUCUCUGUAGAGAUGAAAAUAGCCGCAUGCUGUCGGGUAAGAAAGACACAGUUACAAAAAAUAAAAUGAAACACCAAAGGAGAGUACUUCUUCAUUCUCUGAAAGACCUCCACUCCAACUACAAUACAACCGCCCUGAAACACCAUGCAGUCUCCUAUCGACAGUUCCUCAGAUACUGCCCUUUUUAUGUUACUCAAGCGAAAGAGUCCGACCGAAACACCUGUAGCUGCUUUGACCAUGACAACUUUAAAAUGAUUGUUGACAGACUCUGUCAGACUAACAGCAUUUCGGAACUUCUGGACACCAUUGUUUGUGACUCGACCAACCAGAAGUGCAUGUACCGCUUAUGUAAGUGUUGCUACAAUGAAGUGGAGUUUGAGGGCCCACUACAUGAUAGCAUCAUCACAUGGGAGCAGUGGGAGAGGAUUGUUGUUACAUUGGAGGAGAAAAAAUCUGCAAAAGAUUGAUAAGAGUGGCAGGACGGCAAACUCUACACUAGUGUAGAGUUUGAAAAAGUUAGUUUAACAGACCUCAUCUCUGCUUGAAAGCUAUUUCAUGUGUUAGGUAUUCAAAACAAAAGUUGUCACAUUUCCUGUAAAACACAAAAAGGCCCCUCAGUUUCUGUGAUACAGUGUGAGGGGACUUCUCCAGGGAGAGGUGGCCGACUGCUGUGUGAGAUAACAAACGUUCGUGACAGCUCGUGGGACAGGAAGCAAACAUGUGAGCGUGUAUCUGAUGUCUAUUAACCGCCCGCCUGCCUCCUCAGCCAGCUCACCACUCCAGAGGCAUGCGGUGUAUGGCCGGGGCUUACUCCAACAUAAAUAAAGUCUCUGAUCCUUCUCUGGAUGAAGAAUCUUUUAUAAAAACGGGAUCCUUUGCGGUCGGUGAAGGGGCAACACUGGUAAACCAAAGGGCCGCAAGUGGAUGUAUGGGACU